AUGGCCCCCAAAAGGAAGACGCAUGGAGUUUACGGAGCCCCAAAAAUGGGGGAGGGGUUUAGUGCACCCUUCACGACAUUGAUGCUGCGUCGCCUUCCUCCUGAGAUGACCACCGAUACAUUGCUGGCGAUGCUCAACAUCGUCACGCCUGGCAGGUUUGACUUCGUGUAUGUUCCUUAUGACCGGCACAAGCUCGUCAACAUUUCCUUGGCCUUCAUUAACUUCACCGACAGCGGAGCGGCCAAGGAGGCUCAGGAGUUCUUCCACCUGCUCAACGACGCACAUGCGGCUUGGAACAUCGUUGCAUGUGCUGGCAACGUUCAAGGGUUCUCCUUCAACGCAGCUUACUAUGUGGCUCGCUUCGGAAUCCGGGCGAUCCACGACGCACAUGCACCUGUCUUGUUCAAGAAUGGUAUGCAGCUCACGGACCGUAUGGAGAUCAGUAGGCUGUACGCCUCUUUGCCAACAAGCACUCUCCAGGGAGCCAAGGACUUUGUCAAGGCAGAACGUGGAGGCUCCAGCCAGAGGGGUACUGCCCGACGUGCUCAUGACCUCAUCUGGCAGCCCACGGAAUCCAGGCUCCCUGCCGGACCAGACUAUGGCUGGUCGGACUCACACAAGCAACUUCGGGACAACGUCAAGGCCAUGAUGCCAGCCGGACUCGCACCAGCGAGCUCCGUCUUCUCAAGUCCACCAUCCACCCGGUCUCCAAGCUCCGAGCCUGAUGGCUUGAAGCUCAGUGCAUCCCUGUGCUCACAAAUCCUUGAUGAGCCUAGCGGUGUGUGGAUCUUCAGCUUGUGA